AUGUACCAAGCAGGCUGCUCACCCGGACUCUUGCUCCCCAGCAGUGCCCCUGGCUCUUCAUCAUUCAGGACACCGGGGCUCUCCAGGCUAGGGCGCAGCCUCGGUCGCCAGCGUCCCCGUGGCUCCCUUCCGGACACCUGCGCCCCAGACGAAGUCCGCCCAGCCCUCACCCUGGCGGCCUUCGAGUGCCUAGCUACGAGCCACGCCGGCCGCCUGUGGGAGCAGCUGCGGCAGUUCUGGGCCGACCACUUCUCGCGGCGCUUCUCCCCGCGGCGGCCGCCUCUGCGCCACAUCUCCUCCAUGUCCACCUUCUACCUGUUGGACCACCGGACGCGCCAGGCCGAGCUGGGUCUCAGCUACGGCGCGCCCCGCACGCGCCUCAGCAACGAAGCCUUCGUGUUCCGCGGCGGCCGGUGGACAGCAGAGGGCCAGUUGGUGCAGUCGCGGCCGCCGUUGCCCUCGCCCACCACCUCGGGCUGGAAGGCGCAGGUGCAGCGGGUCCAGAGCCAGGUGCUGCUGGAGGAGAACAACUACCUGAAGUUGCAGCAGGAACUGCUCAUGGACAUGCUAACGGAGACCACGGCGCGCAUGCACCUACUGGAGAAGAAGCUCAACCCCGAGGUCAGCCCUGCGGCCGCGGCGCGCGCCUGGCAGAGGAAGGUGCGCAAGCGCGAAGGAGCGGGAGGCGUGCUCGUGUUCGGGCCGCGCGCUCUGGAGUCGUGGUGA